UCCAGACCGGAAAAAGUACUAAAAACUAAGAAGAGAGAGAAGACAGAAACAUAAACAGAGCGCGAAGAGAAGAAGAAGAGGAGGAGAGAGAAAAUAGAUUUCUCAGGCGAAAAAUAGGGUUUCGACUUUCGAAAUCUCACCUACGAAACGUUUCUCGAUCUACGCAUUCAACAAUUUCUUGUUUCUUCGCACAAUUUGAUCUGUAAUCAUCUGGUUUUUGGCCGAGGAAGAUUAUCGAAAACGGACGAUAUUGCAGUAUGAGCAUCAAUAGUCCUGGAAAAGAGAAGAAUUAGGGUUGGUGAGAACACAAGCGGAAAGCUUUGGAGUUCCAUGGGCGAUGGAGGUGUUGCAUGCGUGCCUUCGCAGCCAAUUAUGGAGAAGUUUCCGGGUUCCGAAACAUUUUGCGGUGGCGGCAGCGGUAGUGGCGGUAGCAACAACAAUAGUAAUGGCAAAUUGGAGACUAAACCAGUUAAGAGGACUACUACUAAGAGGAUGAAGUUGAAGAGAGAUGCGUUUUUCAAGAAGGAAGAGCCGGGAAAGACCGAGCCAGUUCCGGAGAAAGUGAAGAGCAGUGGGGAAGUUGAGAAUGGGGAAAUUGGGGGUGAUAAAGUGCAGAAAGACGAGAUUGAAGAAGGAGAAUUGGGGACAUUGAAAUCUCCCCGGAGAGACGGGGAGAAUGGCGAAUUUAUGCCUGAUAUAUUGCACAAGACUGAGACUGGAAAAGGUGAGAUUGUUACUGACAAGUGGAGGAGGGAUGAAUAUGAGAAAGGGGAGUUUUCUCCACCCAGGUGGCGAAAAGGGGAUGCGGAGAGGUAUGAUUUCGGCUCAGGGAGAUUCCGGAAUGACGCCCUUCAGAGAAGGGAUCGAACUCCGGAGAAGUAUAGGAAAGGAGAAUACGAGAAGGGGGAAUUCAGUUUGUGGAGAGGGUCCAAAGAUGAAGUCGAGAAGGGAGAAUUUAUUCCUGAGAGGUGGCAUAAAGGAGAUGUUUUCCGGGACGAUUAUGGCUACUUGAAAGGGCGCAGGCAUGAUUCAAGUAGAGAGCGAGAACGAAGAUAUGAACAUGAAUGGACACCGUCUUCUGUUCGAUAUUCAGGUGAGGAUGUCUCUCCCAGCAGGGAUUUUAGUAGAAGUGGGAAUCAUCGCCAUGUCAAGAGAAAUCCAAGGUGGGAAGUUAGCCAAGAAAGGAGCUACCCGAAAAUGAGCUCAAAAAUGAUGGAUGAUGUGGCUUACAAGAAUGAGUACAGUCAUGGGAGAGGCCAUGGAAGAGAACACUCAUCAGGUGGUCGAUUGAAGAGGCAUGUCACUGACUCGGAAAGCAGUGACCGCAAGCCCUAUGAUGAUCAUGGUGAUUAUGUCAGUAUGAAAAGCAGAAGGUUAUCAAAUCCAGAGCAUUACUCUCGUCAGUCUGCUGAUAAGUCAUUUAGACAUUCAAAUUCAUCAAGGCCUGUUUCUGAUAGGCUUUCAUUGCGCCAUUAUGAUGCUGCACCUACAAGAGCGGCUUAUGACAGGCAGAGGCGUAGCCCUAGUUAUUCUGAGAGGUCUCCAUAUGAGAGAGGCCGACAUCAUGAUCAUAGGGACAGGACUCCUGCACGUCAUGAAAGAUCCCCAUGUUAUCGUGGUCAUCGCCAUGACAAUAGGAAUCGAAGCCCCAGUUAUAUUGAAAAGUCUCCCAAUGACCGUGUUAGGGUACAUGAUCGCCAGGAAAGGUCUUCAAGUUACUCUGGAUCCCCACCUGAACGCAGUAGGCCGUUUAACCACCGCCAAACGAGUAGGAGUGAAGUGAGUGAGACUAAGCAGAGUGAUAGGAUACAGAGCGAAAAGCCUACUGAGAAAAUUCGUAAUGAUAAAGAUUCAACUACCUCGGUUAAAGAUCCUUUAAAUGUGAAUGAUAAGCCGAAUGGAACAGUUGACCAAGGCAUUUCCUAUGAGUCUCAUGUGAAAGAUGAAAAUCAAGGCCCUUGUUUGGAUGUCAAGGAACAACCUUCAUUGGUCAAUGGGAAUAUUGAAGAAUUGCCAUCAAUGGAAGAAGAUAUGGAUAUAUGUGACACACCUCCACAUGUCCCUUGUGUGGCUAGUGUGAACCCAGGGAAAUGGUAUUACCUUGAUCACUAUGGAGAGGAGCGCGGUCCUUCUAGAUUAUGCGACUUAAAAGCACUUAUAGAAGGAGGAAUACUUAUGUCAGAUCACCUGGUUAAGCACUCUGACAGUGACAGGUGGGUGACUGUUGAAAAUGCAGCUUCUCCGGUCCUAACUCCUAAUUUUACGACAAUUUUUUCAGAGACGGUCACACAGUUGGUGAGCCCUCCCGAGGCUCCUGGAAAUGUGCUGGCCGAUGUUGGAGAUGCUGAGCAUUCUGUGGAUCAGGUUGGUAUGGAGAGUUUAGAUUCUUCUGUUCAUUGUGUGACUGGUCAAUCUGACCAUCUUCUUCCUGAUGAUCUUGGCAUCGAUGAAAGAGUUGGGGCUCUUUUAGAUGGCGUUACUGUUUUACCUGGAAAGGAACUCGAGAUAGUUGGAGAAGUACUACAGAUGACAUUUGAUCAUUCAGAGUGGAAAAGAUUUGGUAUCUUGGAAGGCUUUAUGCAGGAUAAUUCAUGCAGUCAAGACCCUUUGGAGCAGAAUCAGGAAGAGGAUAUAUCACGACAUCCGGACUCUACAUCAAAGGACACUGCUGAAUCCACCUCUACUGCUAGUCUUGAUAAGGAAUGCUCUUACCUCUUGAGUGAAUUUACUGAAUGGUUCUCUGGUCGAUGGUCAUGUAAAGGUGGGGACUGGCAAAGAAGUGAAGAUGCCAUUCAAGACAAAUAUUUUAGGAAAAAGGUUGUGUUGAAUGAUGGUUUCCCUCUUUGUCAGAUGCCAAAAUCUGGUUAUGAGGACCCACGAUGGCAGAGAAAAGAUGACUUGUACUACCCUUGUCAAAGCAGGAAGCUUGAUCUUCCCUCCUGGGCAUUUUCCUGGCCUGAUGAGAGGAGUGAUUCUAGUGCAAUCAACAAGCCAGUCCAAGCAAAAGCUGCUGCUGUAAGAGGGGUAAAAGGAAGUAUGAUGCCAGUGAUUAGAAUCAAUGCAUAUGUUGUUAAAGAUCAUGGUUCAUUUGUUUCUGACUCUCGGUUGAAACCAAGGGGGAAGGACAAGUACUCUUCGAAGGGAAUUAAGCAUUACUCUUUAUCCACUGAUGUUAAGCGAUCAUCUGAAGAAGAAGCUUUUCAUUUCAAAAGCUCUAAGGAGCAAAGCUCUGGAGGAUCAUGGGAAUCUAGUAUCGUAGAUAAACCAAAAGACCGAGUUUGCACUGCAAAUGAUUUACAGUUGCACUUAGGUGACUGGUAUUACCUUGAUGGCACCGGACAUGAACAUGGACCGUUUUCGUGCUCAGUACUGCUUAAGUUGGUGAAUGAAGGUUUUUUGAAGAAACAAAGCAGUGUGUUUCGUAAACUUGACAAAGUUUGGGUUUCAGUUAUUUCUGUAAUCAAGGCCUCAGAAAAUAUGAACCAACUCGUUGGAGAUAGUAUUGCUCCUGUUGGUGUAUCUUCUGUAGCACCUGCUGUGCAUGGUGAUAGCUGUUCACUUUCUAAUUCAUUCCAUAGCUUGCAUCCCCACUUUAUUGGUUAUACACUAGGGAAGCUUCAUGAAUUAGUCAUGAAAUCUUAUAAGAGUCGUGAGUUUGCUGCUGCUAUCAAUGAGGUCUUAGAUCCAUGGAUUAAUAUUAGACAGCCAAGGAAGGAAACAGAGAAGCAUAGAAGUUCUCUUUAUCUUCAAAAAUCUCCCAUGGAGAAUGAAGUAUCUAUGCUUUUUGAGGAAGACAUGCAUGGUAAAAAAAGAUGUCGGACACUUAUUGAUGGAGAUGAUGAAAAUUACGAAGUGGCCAAAGGCUUAUCACGUUUCUCUUAUAGGGAGCCCUCAUUUGAGGACUUAUGUGGCAGUGUUACUUUUUGCAAAGAAGAGGGUGUGUGUGCUAAGAAUGAGGUGGGAAGCUGGGGUCUACUGGAUGGUCAUAUUUUGGCACGCAUUUUUCAUUUUCUUAGAACUGAUAUCAAAUCCCUAAUGUUUGCUGGCACAACUUGCAAGCACUGGAGGGCUGCUGUUGGUUUCUACAAAAAUGUGAGUGUAAGGGUUGAUUUGUCAACUAUGGGCUCCAACUGCAGUGACUCCAUUAUUGGGAGUGUCAUGAGUGGAUAUAAUAAGCAAAUGAUAAAGGUGUUAGUUUUAGAUAGUUGUACCAAUGUUACUUCAGCUGUGCUUGAGGAGAUUCUUCAGUCAUUUUCUUGUAUAUCCUCGGUUGAUAUAAGAGGUUGCAGCCAGUUUGAGGAGUUAAUAUUCAAAUACCCCCAUGUAAACUGGGUCAGAGAGCGAAGUUCACAAGGCAUUGGUUUUGAAGAGUCAAAUUCAAAGAUAAGGAGUUUAAAACAGAUGCCCGAGCAAUCUUCAUCGGUUUCUAAAUUGGGUCAUGGGAGUUAUAUGGAUGAGUCCAGUGGGCUAAAAGAUUACUUUGAUAUGGUGGAAAAAAGAGGUGCAGCUAAUCAGGCAUUCAGGCAGAAUCUAUAUAAGCGUACAAAACUGCUUGAUGCUCGGAAAUCUGCAUCUGUCCUAGCCCGUGAUGCCCGAAUGAGGCAUUUGGCUAUGAAGAAGGCUGGAAAUGGGUACAGAAAAAUGGAGGAAUUCCUUGUGCUUAGCUUAAAGGAUAUUAUGAAGGGGAACACAUCUGACUAUUUUGCGGAGAAGGUUGCAGAAAUUCAGAACAAAAUUCAGGAUGGAUAUUAUACUAAUCGCGGCUUGAGCGCUGCUAAACAAGAUAUCACUAAAAUGUGCAAAGAUGCAAUAAAAUUACAAAAACGAGGUGAAGCAGGUGAUAUGGAGAGUGUUAUUCAUCUGUUUAUUAAACUUGGAACACGUCUUGAUGAAAGCUUUAAAUCAGCUAUUAAUAGAGAUGAGAUGAAGAAAAAACUGAGGGAUGAAACCAGUGGUCCCUCUUGUCACAGAAAGUCAAAAACACCCACAGAGAGAAAAUAUACGAGCAGGGCCAAUGGCUCAUCAUCAGUUAAUGGGGAUUUUGAUUAUUUGGAGUGUUCUUCUGACCGGGAGAUUAGAAAGAAUCUUUCAAGAACGUAUAAGAAAGCAGACUUGGAUGGUGAAUCAUCUGAUGAGUUUGUGUCAUCUUCAGAUGAUGGAAGUAACACUGGAAGUGCCUCGGAUACAGAGAGUGAUUCAGAUGUACGUUCAGGUGUUACUUUUGAGGCGAAAGAGGAAUACUUCAAUGAAGAUGAUGCUUUUGAUUUAACCCCUGAGGAUCGUGAAUGGGGUGCUCGUAUGACCAAGGCCAGUCUUGUGCCUCCAGUGACACGGAAAUAUGAAGUUAUUGAACAAUAUGUUAUUGUAGCUGAUGAGGCUGAAGUGCAACGAAAGAUGAAGGUAGCAUUGCCUGAAAAUUAUGAGGAUAAAGUGAAAGCUCAGAAAAAUGGUUCUGAAUUGGUGGAUAUGGAAAUUCCUGAAGUUAAACAAUAUAAACCACGGAAAGAGCUUGGACAGGAGGUUAUAGAACAGGAGGUGUAUGGAAUUGAUCCUUAUACACACAAUCUUCUUCUUGAUUCAAUGUCUGAAAAUGUGGAUUGGUCUCUUACAGAAAAGCAUGUUUUUAUUGAAGAUGUGAUCCUUAGGGUAUUGAAUAAACAAGUUAGACAAUACACAGGCAGUGGAAAUACACCCAUGACUUAUCCUUUGAGACCUGUCAUAGUGGAAAUUCUUGGAACAGCUAAGCAAGAUAAUAAUAUGAGCACUCUGAAACUUUGUGAGGCUCUUUUACAAGCCAUUGAUAGCCGGCCUGACGACAAUUACGUUGCUUAUAGAAAGGGGCUUGGUGUAGUCUGUGACAAACAAGGUGGUUUCACUAAAGACGAUUUUGUUGUUGAAUUUUUGGGAGAGGUUUACCCUGCUUGGAAGUGGUUUGAGAAACAGGAUGGAAUCCGUUCUCUGCAGAAGAAUAGUAAAGAACCUGCACCUGAAUUCUACAACAUAUAUCUCGAGAGGCCCAAGGGUGAUGCUGAUGGCUAUGAUAUACUUGUUGUUGAUGCUAUGCAUAAGGCAAAUUAUGCAAGUCGAAUUUGUCAUUCGUGUCGACCUAAUUGUGAGGCAAAAGUUACGGCUGUAAGUGGUCAGUAUCAAAUUGGAGUCUACUCUGUUCGCCCAAUCGGAUUUGGGGAGGAAAUUACCUUUGACUAUAAUUCAGUUACUGAGAGCAAGGAAGAAUAUGAAGCCUCUGUUUGUUUGUGUGGUAAUCAAGUCUGCCGUGGAAGCUAUUUGAAUUUAACAGGCGAAGGGGCUUAUCAGAAGGUGCUGAAGGAGUGGCAUGGACUAUUGGAUAAGCACCGUUUGCUCCUGGAGGCAUGCGAAUUAAAUUGGGUAUCUGAGGAGGAUUAUAUUGACUUAGGAAGGGCUGGUCUCGGAAGUUGUUUGUUGGGCGGUUUGCCUGAUUGGCUGAUUGCUUAUUCAGCUCGGCUGGUACGUUUCAUAAAUUUUGAAAGAACCAAGCUACCUGCAGAGAUCUUGAGGCAUAAUUUGGAAGAAAAGAAGAAAUAUUGUCAAGAAAUAUCUCUAGAGAUGGAGAAGAGUGAUGCUGAAGUCCAGGCAGAAGGAGUUUACAACCAGAGACUUCAAAAUUUGGCUCUGACAUUGGAUAAGGUUAGGUAUGUCCUAAGGUGUGUAUUUGGAAACCCAAAGGAAGCUCCUCCUCCUUUGCAGAAGCUUAGUCCUGAAGAGAUGGUGUCUGCCUUAUGGAUUGGAGAAGGUUCACUUGUUAAUCAACUUCUUGAGUGCAUCGCUCCACAUAUAAUUGAUGAUCGCAUACUACAGGACCUUAAAUCAAAUAUCCGUGCUCAUAAUCCAUCAAGCUCUGGGAAUCUUGAAAAAGACCUAAGGAAAUCUUUAUUAUGGUUGAGGGAUGAGGUUCGCAAUCUUCCUUGUACAUAUAAAAGUCGACAUGAUGCAGCUGCUGAUUUGAUCCACAUAUAUGCUUACACAAAAUGUUUCUACAAAAUUAGGGAAUACAAGUCUGUAACUUCACCUCCUGUUUCCAUCAGCCCUCUUGAUCUUGGACCUAAGUGUGCUACAAAACUGUCUGGGGUAGUUGAAUAUUGCAAGACUUACGGUGAAAACUACUGUUUAGGACAGUUGAUUUAUUGGCACAAUCAGGCUAACACUGACCCAGAUCGUGCGUUAGUACGAGCAAGCAGGGGCUGCUUGUCAUUGCCUGAUAUUGGUUCUUUUUAUGCCAAGGCUCAAAAGCCAUCAAGGCAGCGUAUUUAUGGUCCAAGGACUGUAAGAUUUAUGCUUCGUCGAAUGGAAAAACAGCCUCAGAAGCCAUGGCCUUUGGAUAGAAUAUGGUCAUUUGAGAGUUCCUCGAAAUUUUUUGGUAGUCCUAUGUUAGAUGCCGUAUUGAAUAAUUCUCCACUGGAGCGGGAAAUGGUGAUUUGGUUGAAGAAUAGACCUGCCAUAUUCCAAGCCAUGUGGGAUCGAUGACCUUCGAUUAGUUGACGGUACUAAUUUAACACACUUAUUUGCUUGAAAGGGGUCCAAUUAUUAGUUCGGGGAUUCCUCUCCCUCAAGUGGGCAAUGGUAGCUACCUGCCUCAUCAUCUUCAUUCUUGUGUACAGAGUCUUUUUCCUCCAUUUUGCUUGUGUAAUUUGUAAGUUACAUUAGGUCAUAGAAAAAUUUUCCCCUCUUGUUCUUAAUGUUCUAAGCUUAGUUAAAUUCAAACGAUUAAUUUUAGUUAAUAGAAAAUGAAAUUAGUAAGCCAAUUUUUCUAUAGCAGCUCAUGUUGUAGUUCUUUCCUUUUUAUUAGUAAUACUAGUGGUCUAGUGUGGUAGUAGCAUCGCGUUGAUUAUGUUAAGCGUUGAUUUUUCUAUAUAAAUUUCUUUCCACAUGCUCAAGGUUUGGAAGGUGUAAUCAUUUUUGUAAGUGUUAUGUAAUUUUAUAGGAUGUACAUAUAUAUUCUUUUUGUUGAUUCAGGAAAAAGAAAAACACUGGAGGUGCGCAACGAUUAUUCA